CUCGUAUCCGUCCGUGCAUAUACACUCGCUCCGCCUCGUUCUCGACACAGCGACUCGUAUACUCAUAGAGCAGGAUCCGCCUCCAGCCGAGAUGAUCAGCAUGCCUGUACAGCAAGACCCGUUGCCCAUGACCACUACUUCACUAGCAGGAAAUGGAAAGCCAACGAAAAGCGACGCUGUGCCUGCGAUAUCUUUGCGCAAUGAUGAUCACAACGCGCAUGCGAAGCGGUCCAUGUCCAAGGACAUCCUCCUGAUAUGUACGGUCACGUUUGCCGCGAUUCUCAACACUGCAAACUCGACUGCCGUGUCUUUGUCACUCCCGACCAUAGGGAGGGACCUCAACAUUGCUGAGUCUAAUCUGCAAUGGAUAAUCUCUGCCUACUCGCUAAGCUCGGGAUGUCUUCUUCUCUUCCUAGGGCGGCUCGCAGAUCGAUUCGGCGUAAGCUCACCUUCAUCAUCGGAUGCGCAUGGAUGGGUAUCUUCGGCUUGGGGUGUGGGUUCGCCCAAGAUUACCUUGGACAUUUUGCGUGGGCUCCAAGGCCUCGGUCCUGCAGCUGCUACGCCAGCUGCUAUCGGUAUUCUAGCGCAUACAUUCCCUCCCCCACCCCGCCGCUCUAUCGCGUUUGCGACCUUUGCUGCAGGUGCACCGGUCGGCGGGGUAGUGGGGAACAUUAUAGGCGGCGUCCUCACACAGUGUACGGCUCAAAGCUGGCGCUCGACAUUCUGGUUUAUGACCGGCCUGAGCGCUCUUUGUUGUCUUGGAGGAUUGAUUUCUAUCGAUGCGGACGUCCUGUACGCGCUCCCGGACAAGCGCAUCGACUGGCUCGGGGCCUUCCUUGUCACCACUGGCCUUAUUUCCAUCGCCUUCGUCCUUAGUGAUGGCACCACUGCGCCCGAUGGCUGGAAGACUGGAUACAUCAUUGCGCUCCUCGUCGUCGGCGUGUUCUUCCUUGUGCUCUUUGUCCUUUGGGAACGCUUCCUCGAACGCGUUCAUGCGCAGGACGGAGAGGUUAGCCAGAGGUGGUGGACGCCGCCUCCGCUGAUGCUUGUGUCUAUCUGGGGACGGGCGAAUGGCCGGCUUGCGGCGAUGCUAGCUAUCGCGUUCUCCGAGUGGUGUAGUUUCAACUCGUUCCUUUUCUGGGUUCAGCUGUAUUAUCAGGACUACUUGGGCUUGAAGCCGAUCCUGACUAUGGUUCGGCUAUUGCCCAUGUGGGCCGCGGGCGUGACUUGCAACGUGAUCGUUGCCCUCGUUGUCGGCCGCGUCCCCAUAGUCUAUCUCGUCGUGAUCGCCAUGCUCUUCACCGGGGCCGCCAACCUCCUUUUCGCGGUGAUCGUCCCAUCCGCACCCUAUUGGGCAUUCGGCUUCCCCGCCGCGAUCAUCAGCGUCGCCGGCGCCGACUUCAUCUUCGUGACGGGCACGCUCUUCAUCACGCGCGUCUGUCUUCCGCACGAGCUGAGCAUUGGCGGGACGAUCUUCCAGACUAUCAAGCAGCUCGGCACAGCGUUCGGGCUCGCAAUCAGCACGGUCGUGUUCAACACGACGUUAAAGAGCAGGUCCGAGAGUCUGGGGGUGGCGUUGAACGAGGGAGGGACGAACGCGCCGAAGCCAGCGCAGCUGACGGCGUAUAAGGAUGCCAUGUGGAGCGGGGUUGCGUUUGCGCUAUUUGGUGUCCUGCUUGCUGUUUUCUUCGUUCGUGGGGUAGGCAUCGUCGGGCACCGAAAAGCUGACAGUGAUAGCAAGGGCGAGAAGGCUACGCAUGUGUCCAAAAAACCAGAUAUUGAAGCUAUUAAUGAAUCGGACUCGGACUAGAACAAUCCCGCUUACUGCUUCGAAACGUUACCUCCAAGUCGCCGCGCAGCAGAGAUCUUUCCGCCAGAUCUUCUUUUCAACCGCAAUACCCCCGACGACAUGCUUCUCUCAACAUUACCCAGCACGGCUAGAUAGCCCCGCAGACGUCCCGCGCCUUAACGAGCACGUUCGCAGACCCCAAUCUGUACAUGUCCAAUCCCUGGAGCUAGAAUGCAUGCGGAUGUGCUGAAUGACGUGAGAUUCUGACUUGCCGCUAGUACUUCCGGGGCAUUACAGAAUUCUACGUGGCACUUACAGACCACGAGCCCCGAGAGUUCGGCGCCGCCUUCGUACGCGUUGCUCAUGGGCAUGCGACACGAGUAUCCUCGGCAUUAGCACGAUUCCUUCCGCGGUUCUGCAUGCAUGGCCUCUAUCAGGGUUAACUCGGCUCCUACUACCGAGUAUAUCUGUAUCCCCCAUCUCGAUCAUGGCAUCCCCCAUCCUCCAUUCGGGACUGCGUA